AUGACUCCCCUACCAAACACUCAAACAGCUAUCAAGAUCAACGAGGAAUACAAGUUAGUGAAAAUUGAAGUCCCUGUCCAUAGCGAGUUGGAAGGUGAUGAGAUCUUAGUUAAAGCUAAAGCCAUUGGCUUAAACCAUGUUGAUAACUAUUUUGCAGAUUUCAAAUGGGCAAGUCCAGGUACAGGAGUUGGUACUUCCUUAUCGGGUGAUGUUAUAGCUGUUGGUAAAGAUGUUACAAGAUUCAAAGUUGGUGAUACAAUUACUUCAUUCACUUUUGGCUCUGAUUCUGAGUUUAAAGAUCAUGGUGCCCUUCAACAAUAUGUGAAAGUUCUUGAAACUAAUUCAUUUCAACUUAAUGUUAAAGGCUAUGCUUCUACCAGUGAUAUUCCAAAAGGUCCAAUAACAAAUUAUGAAGAUGGUGCUUCUUUAGCAGAUGCUCUGAUAACAAUUGGUAUCUCCAUUUAUCAUACAUUUGGUCAUAAUGAUGAAAAGGACAAAACUAUUUUGAUUUAUGGUGGAUCAACAAAUGUUGGUCAAAUUGCUAUUCAAUAUGCUCAUACUUUAGGCUGGAAAAUUAUCACUAUCGCUUCGCAAAGGUAUGAAACAUUACUCAAAGAACUAGGUGCUAAUAUCGUGUUGGAUUAUCAUUCAGAGUCAUUAGUUGAAGAUAUAAUAUCAUUAGGUGAACAUAUUGAUUAUGCAUAUAUUACCACUGGUAGUACAAAAUCAGUAGAACAAGUUUAUGAAGCAUUACCUACAGAAUAUCCUAUAAAGUUAGAAGGUCUUCAAGUUCCAAACAUCGAUUUCAUUGAAAAUAAAAAAUCAAACAUCACUUAUGAAUUAACCAGGGCAUUCACUUCACAUGAAAGAAUUAUUACUUAUGGAAAUGGUGCAAGUCAUAAACCAAAACCUGGUACUUUGAAAUCCUUGAAAGAAUUUGUUCCAAUUAUUGAAAACUUACAGAAACAAGGUAAGUUAAAACACUUACCAAUCAAAGUUUUACCUGGUGGAUUUGAUGCAGUUAAUGAAGGUCUAAAAUUGUUAAAAGAAGGAAAAGUUUCUAAUCAAAGAUUGGUUAUCAGAGUUAAUGAAGAAAUCUAA